AUGACUUUGACAAUUUGGAAGAAGAUGUACUUGCGAAAGGAGCUGGGCUGGCGGGGUGUGCGAGUGGCUCCGCAGGCGAGGCCGAGCGACGGCAGCGCGGCGGUGGACGGCGCGGUGUGCGGGAAGGCGGGACUUCGGCAGUUCCUGGCCGUGGGGGGCGGGUAUGGAGGCUUCGAGGACGCCAUGAGCCCUGAGCUGGUCAGGCAGCUGAAGAGCGGGUUCCGCCUGGCGGGUACCGCCGUGGUGUCCGAGGUGAAGUGCCACCUGCUGCAGGAGGUGCUCGAUAAGGCCCAGCUGCGGCAUCUGAAGCUCCUGGUGCUGGCGGCUUUCGCAGAGCUCGAGGUGCUCCAAAGCUUUCCCUUCAAGGAGUACCGGAUCGAUGUGCUGGCCGUCCAGUCCGCACAAUUCAGAUGCAAGUUCUUAUCUCGCCUGGAUCGACCUUAUCAGUCUUGGACCUGGUCCUGCGAGCACGGCCCGGCUAGGAAGAUACAGGCCUUGCUCUCGAAGCACGGCUACCGUCUGCUGGAUACCUUUCUGACCGACAUCGACGGCCGGCCGACCCUCCAGAACUCGAGCCUGCCGUUCUACACGGCCUCAGAGAUCAAUGCCUGGAUGAUCUUCUCCCGGGAAACAGAAGGGCGAAAGAGAGAGGAGGACUUGGGGAAGCUGGAACAUCUCAUCGAAACUGAGCCGAUUCUGAAUCUACCCGGCAUCUCUCAUGUAGAAAGUGCGGGGCCGCGGACGGAGCCGUGA